CGGGAAAGUCUCGAGUUCUUCAAAGCUGGAACCGCAAACCGGCAGCGCGAGCCCUUUCCCACACACGCGCACACGCACAGAAGCCAAGACCUCGUUUGCGCGUUUCACUUUUUCGCGCAGACAUUAAUCCCGCGGCCGAAAGGCGAGUCACCCUCGGUGAGCGCGGAGGAAGAGGAGGAGGAAGAGGAGGAGGCAUCGUCAUGCGCUCGUCGGGAAUGGAACAGGUGGCAUUCACUUGUCAGUAGACUGCGCUCUCGGGACCCCGUCUAAUUGCCGGACGACGAGCCCGGGGAGAAGUCAUGCCGGUGGCCGAGUGCGCGGCGCUGCCGCCGGAGGGCGACCCCGACGCCGAAGAGGGCGACCUGGCGCCGGAGGCGGCGGAAGCGGCGGCCACGCUGUGCCGCAGCCCCGCCGCCGACGUCCUCAAGAACUUCUACCACACCAAGCGGGUGGGCAACUACCUGAUCGGCAGGAAGCUGGGCGAGGGCUCCUUCGCCAAAGUCAGGGAGGGGCUGCACGCCCUCACCGGGGAAAAGGUACCACCAGCUUCUUAUUUCGACCCUUGAGAUUGCCACUUUUAACUUGGGGGCGAGGGGGGGGGGCUGUUUACAUUCUCCCCCCCACCCCCAAAAAAAAGUUUAAAAAGAAAAUUUCUCCAAAUUUGACUUCAAGCUCAUAUGUCUUUUGGGGGGAAAUUCAUUGUUAUGAAAAAAAGACCCAUUACUAAUUUGGGAGUGUUACCCUUUAACAAAAAACUGCACUUUAAAACGUUUCU